GCUGCCCUUCGCCGCUCGGAGCGGGGCGCGGGGCGGGCCGAGGGCGGCGCUGGGUGAGCGCGGCCGGGCGAGUCCCGGCAGCCCGCGCGGCCCGGGCGGUGCCGGGAAUGCGGGCGGCCGCCGGAGCCAUGGCGUCCUUCCGUCUUGCUCUUAUCCAGCUGCAUGUAUCUGCUGUUAAAUCAGAUAAUCUCCAACGAGCCUGUGGCCUGGUGAGAGAAGCAUCAGCUAAAGGAGCAAAACUUGUGGCUCUACCUGAAUGCUUUAAUUCUCCAUAUGGAACCCAAUACUUUAAGGAGUAUGCAGAGAAGAUCCCUGGGGAAUCAACCCAAAAGCUGUCAGAAGUUGCAAAGGAGUGCAGCAUAUAUCUCAUUGGAGGAUCCAUUCCAGAAGAGGAUGGUGGGAAGCUCUACAAUACAUGCACUGUCUUUGGGCCUGAUGGUGCUCUGCUGGCAAAGCACAGGAAGGUUCAUUUGUUUGACAUUAAUGUUCCUGGGAAGAUACAGUUCAAAGAGUCUGAAACACUGAGUCCAGGGAAUAGUUUCUCCAUGUUUGACACGCCAUACUGCAAAGUGGGCCUGGGCAUCUGCUAUGAUAUGAGGUUUGCUGAGAUGGCUCAAAUCUACGGCCAGAAAGGCUGCCAGCUGCUGAUAUAUCCUGGGGCUUUUAACAUGACAACAGGACCAGCUCAUUGGGAACUGUUACAAAGAGGAAGAGCUGUUGAUAAUCAACUCUACGUAGCUACUGUAUCUCCUGCUAGAGAUGAAAAAGCAUCCUAUGUUGCCUGGGGACACAGCACUGUAGUAAAUCCUUGGGGUGAAGUCAUAGCCAAAGCUGGGGCUGAGGAAACAGUUGUAUACACAGACAUAGAUCUAAAGAAACUUGCAGAAAUACGUGAACAAAUUCCUAUUUUAAGCCAGAAGCGCUGUGAUCUCUAUGGUGUAGAGAUGAAAAAGUGAAGCUGAGUGAAGAGGGAAGGUUCAGCUGUCACAAUGGCUGUUGCCUCCAUCUUUGGAAGGAUUUCCACAAUUUACUGCCCAAUGUGCCAGUUAAGAAACCACCACAUAACAAAAAACUUGGUGCAAUUCUAAUAUGAUUGAAAUAGAACUUUUGUAUCUCCUCUCAUACUUAAGUAUUUCAUAGUAUUUUACAGCUAGGAUAAAGAUGGAGAUGAAAUCAGCUGAACACAGUGAUUAACUUUGAUUUUUAUGCAUCAUAAUGUUUUAGUUGCCUUCUGAGGGCUGUUUUGUAGAACACAGAAAUGGAGAUCUUGUUCUCUAAAACUCUCUCUCAAGUCAGCUUUGGUAUUAUGAAUUUUUCAGUGAAUUGUCAGAAAAUCUCAAAGCAUGAUUCUUACUCUGUCCUUUU